GGUGUUACAAGAUCCAAUCUCUCCUUUUCUCUCCCUUUCUCAACAUCCUCUCUUGUAAAGAUCAAAGAAACAAACCCCCCCUUGAAUUGCCCAAAAUGCCUGAAAUCAAAGCCCUCCUCUUCGACUGCGACAACACCCUCGUCCUCUCCGAGGAGCUCGCCUUCGAGGCCUGCGCAGACCUCAUCAACAAGAUCUGCGCCGAGCGCAACGUGACCGUCCAGUUCACGGGCGAGACGCUGAUCCAGGAAUUCGUCGGCCAAAACUUCCGCGGCAUGCUGCUCACCCUGCAGAAGACGCACGGCAUCGACAUCUCGCCCGAGGACCUCGAAAAGUACGUGCUGCAAGAAGAGGACGCCGUCAUCGCCAAGCUCAAGGCGGCGCUGCGGCCGUGCCCGGGCGUCGACGAGCAGCUCGAGGCCCUGCAGCGGGCGGGCAAGUACCAGCUGGCGGUGGUGUCGUCGUCUGCGCUGCGGCGCGUGCGCGCGUCGAUUGAAAAGGUCGGCCAGGACCGCUUCUUCCAGGGCGACGUGGUGUUUUCGGCGGCCACGUCGCUGGACAAGCCGACGAGCAAGCCCGAUCCCGCCAUUUACCUGCACGCGCUCCAGAAGCUGGGCAAGAGCGCUGACGAGAGCGUCGCGGUGGAGGACAGCAAGAGCGGCACGCUGAGCGCCACGAGGGCGGGCAUCAAGACGAUUGGGUACGUGGGCCCGUAUGCGGACAGCAAGAAGGACGAGAUGGAGAAGGUGUUGCGGGAUGCGGGCGCGGUCGUGAUUAUGCGGGACUGGAGCGAGUUUCCGGCGGCGUUGGCCAAGAUUGAGAGUGGCGAGGUGUAGAUUUUUCUUUCUUCUCUUUUACCCCCUUUUUUUUUCUUUGACGGCUUGAAAGGUCUAUGAUAUCAGAGACAUUGGAGGAGCUGGGCACUUGAUGAUUUACGCUUUUCUUGUUGGCGUGGUUCAUGCAGGAUCACGAGAAGAUGGUCAAGAAGGACCAACAAAAUGGCAAGGCUAGAUAUGAAUAGAUAUGACGCAACGAAUUGACGCUUGUUGAACCCC